CUUCCUAGGCUGAGGUUCGUCUUCGGGACGUCUGUCGUCCCUGCUCUGGAUUUGGUGGAUCGCCAGUCAGUCACACGGUUCGUGUCUCCAAGCGGGAGGACGGUAUAUCAGUGUAAGCACAUCCUCGCCAUCUAUCUGAGCCGAGCGACUGGAGCUUGCCAGGAGCAAAACAUCUCUGACCAACAACUGUCCGCCCUGCUACUCCCCGAGGAGAAAUGACGAACGGAAGGAAGUUGAGAAAAAGAAAGGAGAAAAAUGUUGAGCGGUAACCACAGAACGAACGGCUGGAAGCUCUUUCGAGCUGAGCUCGUGUCUCUUCCCUCUAUUCCGCCGGGUCCGGCUCCUGUUUUCUACUCAGCAAUGAUUGAUGUCUGUCGUUUUUUUGUGUCCCGCUGGGGACAAUUUUAUGCAGCUCUGGACUUGGUGAGCCAAAUCACAGGACAGGCCGCUGUUCGGAAACGAUUAACCCUAAGAGUGGAUUGCAGCAAACAUCUUUAAAGCGUCUUUCCGCGAGCACAAAAAUGACACCAGUAAAUUGGGAGGACAAUUUUGAUUUUGGCAAGUACUUUAUUUUAAAAAAGGAAGGAAGGAUAAAAAUAGGAAAGAAAGAGAGAGAAAGAGGAACGGAAGGAAGGAAGG